ACGAAGAAGAAAAAGAGUAGGAAGAAGUAGAAGAAGAACCAUAGCAACGCUAAACAACAUGGCGGUCUCGGCCGCUGUUUUCUCCAUAUUAAAGUCUCUCUGGUUGUUUCUCUCGAUUACUUCUGUCGCUUCGAACCAAAGUACAACUAACGGCGCGUUUAACACGACUGAGCCGAACUUUAGUCACAGCGUUACGGAUAAUUACACAGAGUUCGAGUCCACACCGAGCCCCGGCGGAACGGGCGCGUUUAACACGACUGAGCCGAACUUUAGUCACAGCGUUACGGAUAAUUACACAGAGUUCGAGUCCACACCGAGCCCCGGCGGAACGGAGAAUUCCCCCGUAGCCGCCGAGCCGCUGCCUGUCUCGGGCCAUCUGCUGUCUGCCAAGACCAGCGCUGACAGCCUGUGUCCCUGUGAUGAGGUCCUGGGUGUGUGUGACACCAACUGCUGCUGUGACCCAGAGUGUGGAGGGGAGGUGGUUCUGUUCACCAGCUGUUCGCUCGGUUCUGUGAGGAGUGGCAGCCAGCAGCUGUGUAACCAGGAGGCAGCAUACUACACUCUAAGGACCAACGUGAAUGGCUACUCAGAGCUGCAGUCAGCGGUCCAGAAGGAGGACAACGCCAACAUCUUCUGCAUCCGAUCACAGAAUCGUAUUGAUGGAUUGUCCCAUCCCUCUCCAGCUCUUCCAACUGAUACCAACUUUGACCUGCUCUUUAAACUGUUUGCUCCUUUUCUGUGGAGGAUGGAAAACUCAGAUCAGGCAGCCCCGGCAGGAGUCCAGGACUCACGUGGAUACCAAUACGGUGACCUGUUGCUGACAACAGACUCCAGUGGACAGAGGGGGACCUUCCAUCUCCCAGGUCCUGGUGUCACUCCUGACUGUGUGAACAGCCCCACAGCUUUCCUGAAGAACCAGAGCAGCAGAUGUUCUCGGCGUGUGGUCCUGAAGCAGGACUGCAGCUCUCUGUCCGCCCUCAGCUUGGACACCUACACCAACAUCCAGCUGCUUGCUGGAAAGAAUGCAGACGCAGCCGUUGUUCCUGUGAAGUUGGCUUCAGUCAUCUUGGAGUCCACAGAGGGGACAUGGAGCGAGCUGACAGAUGGAGGUGGAGAAAACCUCACCCCAGUUCUCCUUAACUCCUCCUGCUUCAACGUGGUGGUCCAGGUGGUCUAUGUGCUGAAAUAUAACCCAGCUGGUGCAGUGGUGAAUGCUUCUGUGUCUCUGGUUCUUGGACCUGUCCCUGAAGCCGCUCAGCUGCUGGAUCAGCUGUUUCAGAUCCAGUUUAUUCAGGAGGCCGGUGGAGAAGUGGCUGUCCAUCACAGUGGGAAUCCAGGGUACGUGGUUGGACUGCCUCUUGUGGCAGGGAAAAGGACAACAGAUGGGAUCACCAGAAGCAUCAACCCCAGGGAAACAUUGUCUCUGCUCACCAGUGCAGAAAACCAGGACUGUCUGCUGGGUCCACACCAGCGCUCUCCUGUCCUGUUUGGUCUGGAGUCAACGUCAGGCUGCACAUUAAGACUGGAUGACAUAGCCAACUGCUCUUUGGUGUCACAGCUUCUUCUAGAUGUUCUGAGAGGACCUAACUAUCCUCAGGACGUUGCUUCCUUUGGAAACUGCUCAUUAGACCGUUCCCUGGACUGGGUGCAGAUCGAGACUGACACCAGUUCUACGGAAGCACAAGGUUGCAGCAUACCACUGUCACUCCAUUUAGAUAUCGAAUGGACCAAAUAUGGAACCCUGGGGAACCCCCAAGCUAAGAUUGUCAGUAUCAAAGAAGUUAUCCAGAUCAACACCAGCAGUUUGGAUGUGUUGUCUGGAGGCAGUGCCGUGUAUCCGAUCAGAAGCUCCGUGUCCUUCAUCCCGGUCUCUGCUCCUGCUGUCCCUGGACUCAGAGCCACUCCCACCUUCAACGCAAAACUUCCGUUUGACUUUUUCUAUCCAUUUGUUUGAAAGCCCCCCCUGGGUUCCCCUCGGAGACCGCUGUGUUCUGUAUAUUAUGUGAUUUUCUAUAGUAGUUUCUAAAUUCAUAUUUAAUAAUAAACAUGUUGUUUAUCA